AAAGCCUUAUAAAAUAUUUCAUUAUGUCAUAUAGUAAAAAUAAAUUAAUUAAUAGUGCACUUAGGCGAUCAUAUGCAUUAAUAGAUUACAAUAUUCAUAAUGAUAUACACAAACAACAUGAAUAUAGAAAACAAAUACUUCUUGAUGAUGAAUCACUUACGGAAAAUGAAAAAUCUGAAACAAUAAUAAUAAUAACUAAAGCUUAUGAUUAUCACAAACUUCUUUUUAAUGAAGGAACAAAAAGAGUUUGUGAAAAUUGUAACCAAGAAUGUUUAGCUAUAGCAUAUUGUGAAUAUUGUGUUCGAAAUUAUUUAAAAGCAAAAAUUUCAAAUUGGACAUCAGGAAAUGUUAUUAUUGAUAAUUUAAUACAAGAAUGUCAAAUGAAAACAUUGACACCAAAUGCAAUACCAGAAUGGAUUCCAUAUAAUAAUCUACAAAAUAUUGAAUACCUAACAAAAGGUGGAUUUUCAGAAAUUUAUACAGCAAUCUGGAUUGAUGGUCGUUUUAUUGAAUGGGAUUCUAAACAACAGCAAUUAAAGAGAUUUGGAAGUCAUUAUGUAGUACUUAAAAGAUUAGAAAAUGUUGAAAAUGCAAACCAAAGUUGGAUUGAAGAGGCUAAAUCACAUUUAAAUAUAAGCAAUAAAUGGAGUGAAAUUGUCCAAUGUUUUGGAUUAACACAAGAUCCGUCAGAUGGAAAUUAUAUGCUUGUAAUGAAUAAAUAUGAUAUAGAUUUAAGAAAAUAUUUACAACAAAAUCGUAAACAACUUACAUGGAAAGAAAGAAUUCAAAUUAUUACUGAUAUAACACUUGCACUUCGAAGAAUUCAUGAAGAAAAUGCAAUUCAUAGAGAUUUGCAUUCCGGAAACAUAUUAUUUAAAUUUACAACUAAAUUUUCUAUUAGUGAUCUUGGAUUUUGUGGACCUGCAGAUAGGCCAUCAAAAAGUAUAUAUGGAAAUCUUCCUUAUAUUGCACCAGAAGUUAUUGCAGGAAAAGAAACUACUUUUAAAUCUGAUAUUUAUAGUAUUGCAAUGCUUAUGUGGGAAGUUUCACCAGGACAACCACCAUUUAAUAAUUAUGAACAUGAUUAUGAUCUUGCAAUGAAUAUUGUUAAUGGUAUAAGACCAAAAAUUGUACCAGGAACUCCUUUAAAAUAUAAAAAUUUGAUGAAACAAUGCUGGGAUGCUGAUCCAUCAAAAAGACCUGAUAUUAUUACACUUUAUGAUAAAAUAAAAGAAAUUAAUUUAUUUUAUCAAAGUAAAUCAAAUGAAUCAUCAACUCAACUAGAAGAAAAUAAUAAUUUUGAAAUGGAAAAUUAUACUAACAGUAGCAAACUAUUUACAAGUAAACUUCAUCAAUUUGAUAAUCUUCCUGAACCAAGAAAUGCAACAGAAGAAGAACAAGAAGCAUUUCAUAGUAAUAAAUCAUAUGAUUUUCAUAUUCCUAAUAAUAUUGAUGAUUUUGAUAAAUUUAGUAGUAAGAAAAAUAGUACUUCAAAAAUAAGUAGCUUAUUUAAAGCAAAAGGAUAUUCAGUACAAGUUCAAAAAAUGGCAAAUACUCAAAAUGAUUAUAAGAUUGAAUCAAUGCGAAAGCGAAUAAAGAAACUUCAUAUUAAUGAUAAUGAUGAUGAAGAAGCACAUAACAAUCCAAAUCUUCAUUCAGAAGAACAAGAUGAAUUGGAACUUCCUGACGGGUACACACAUUAUAUUAAAUAA